AACGUAUAAUUUAUACUACUAUAUAUUCAGUAUGAUUAUUCCUGUUCGUUGUUUUUCCUGUGGUAAGGUUGUUGGUGACAAGUGGGAAACUUACUUAGAAUAUUUGCAAGAUGAUAACAUGACCGAAGGUGAUGCAUUGGACAAAUUAAAGUUGAAGAGAUACUGCUGUAGAAGAAUGGUGUUGACUCACGUUGAUUUAAUUGAAAAGUUCUUACGUUAUAACCCAUUGGAAAAGAAGGACAUCAACUAGAAGUGUUGCUAAUGAAUUAAGAGUGAGGGGGGAAGAAAAGAGAGAAAGAGAGAAGGUGCCUCAGGAUUGACCACUAAUUUUCAUGACAAAUUGAAAGUUUGUUUUGUCGACAGAAGGAUGGAUAGAAAAAAAAAUUAAAAACGAUCAACAUACUUGCCGUGGGGACCA